CCACUCCAGUGUGCCCUUCUCCUUGGGACGCCAACGUUGACACUUUCCCAGUAUAGCCCCCGCAUUUACUUCGAAAUGAAGCAGCCACCACUCUCAACACACUCAUCCCGCUGGCGUACUUCGCACAAGUCGCCCCGGAAUUUGGCAGGCGACCUUCCAACAGCGCAGAUCAAAGUGCAGAUCAACCCCUUCGCGCAAAAUGUGCCGACUGUUCGACUAACGCACAGAUGCCCACUGACCCAAUGAGCAUGGUAGGCACAUACCACUAAGUGCUGAUCACUGAAAUUGUUACCGCCAUGAACCGAGUGAGAAUGCACAACUGUGAUGCUAGGUUUAGUCGGUGUUGGUCUGUCUCAUCUGCCAAAAGCGUGCUGCUUUGGACAUAAUAAGACUCGUGUGGAUGCCCUGAGCCAACCACAGGCCAAUCCUGCUGUGGCUUACUCCAGAGACCUCCAUCCAACCCCCAGCGGAAUCCACGCCUCCGCCCAGGUUUACAAUAUUGUACUAUCUUUGGGUACGUACAUCUACAUGCAUUAAAAUGCGCUUGGGGUGGAGAAGGGUGAAACUUGGGGAAAGGCAGCUCUCUUCGCGUGGCCGAAGUGUGGUGAGCGAGCACACGGCCCGCCACCCUUGAAGCUGUUAACAUCCCGUUAGUGAGUGUUGGUUGGGAAGUAUGUAUGUACACCAUCCCCUCUCUCUCCCCGGAGAAACUUUUCUCUCUGCUUGCUUGCCAUGCCGACUUCGAAAAAAUCGAGAUAUUCGUCUCUAGCAUCUCCGGAUUGUGCCAACAGAGCGGUUCUGUUGUAGGGGGGAAGCUGCAUGUUUACAAACCGACGGGGCUCCUCGUCCAGCGGCGCCAACCUCAAUAUGGAGAUGACCGACUACUACGACAAGAGCCGAGGCGACCCCAUCACCCGAUCUACCACCAACGAAGACCAGGAUAACCCAAAGGGUGUAGUUGAGGAAAAGGUCAUCAACGGAAAUGAAGCAUUCAACCAAGCCGUCAUCCUCGAGCCGCCACGUGCGUUUUCGCGGGUUUCGGUGGUGCUCUACCUAUGCUGUUUGCUGGGAUUCCUCUGUUCGACUAUGAACGGAUAUGAUGCUUCCCUAUUUAACGCGCUCACAAUUAAUCAGCAAUUCCUCGAUUAUUUCCAUGGAAAAGCGACAGGUCCAUGGCAAGCGCUUGUGUCUGCCAUGUAUCAGAUUGGUGGUGUGGUGUCGCUACCAUUUGUUGGACCGGCGCUGGAUAGCUAUGGGCGUAGGGUCGGCAUGUUUAUCGGUGCUAUAAUUGUUGUUUGCGGUACGAUCAUUCAGGGAUUGACAACGGGGAAUGCAAAUGUUGCUCAGUUUAUGGCUGGUCGCGUAUUGCUCGGGUUCGGUGUUAAUAUUGCGUCUGCGGCUGGGCCUAUGUAUGUUGUCGAAGUUUCUCACCCGGCCCACCGUGGUGUUGUGACGGCCUUGUAUAACACGUUUUGGUUUACCGGCGCCAUUGUCGCCAGCUCAGCUGCUCGCGGUGCAGACAAUCUCACAGGGGUGAUUUCAUGGUCUAUACCGGUGUGGUUACAACUCCUGUUCUCUGGAAUAAUAGUCAUCCUAGUGUUCUUCCUCCCGGAAUCUCCCAGGUGGCUCUACGUCAAUCGCAGGUUCGACGCAGCCAAAAGAAUGCUGACCAAAUAUCACGGCGAAGGCAAUCCGGAUAGUAUAUGGGUCACGCUUCAGCUACGCGAGUACGAAGAGUAUCUCGAGAUGGACGGUUCCGACAAGCGCUGGUGGGAUUACAGCGCUCUUUUCCGAUCUCGCUCGUCGCGCUAUCGUCUUCUAUGCAACGUGAUGAUAUCGGUCUUUGGGCAGUGGGCUGGCAAUUCCGUGUUAUCAUAUUUCCUUUCCGCCGUACUCGACACCGCGGGUGUCACUGAAACCAUCCCCAAAGCGAACCUCAACCUCGCCAACAAUUUCCAGCAAUUCUUUUUCGCCAUUGUAGGCGCCGUCCUCGUUGAUCGCGUCGGGCGACGCCCGCUUCUCUUAUUCGGCAACAUUGCGUGCUGUCUUGUCUGGGCGGGAAUGUGCAUUUCUUCCGGCAUCUACCAAGGGUCAGGAGAAAAGAACAAGGCCGCUGCAGAUGUCAUGCUCUUCUUCAUCUUCCUCUUCGGCUCAGUCUACUCCAUCGGUUUCACCCCUCUUCAGGCCCUGUUCCCCGUCGAAGUCCUAUCCUUCGAGAUGCGCGCAAAGGGCAUGGCAUUCUCGGGCCUGGCAGUCAACGUAGCGAACCUGCUCAACCAAUUUGCGUGGCCGAUCGCCCUGGAGAACAUCGGCUGGAAGACGUACAUUGUGUUUUGCAUCUGGUGCGCCGUGCAGGCCACGUGCGUCUAUGUUUUCAUUCCGGAGACGAAGAACAGGACGCUCGAGGAGCUGGAUGAGAUCUUCAGCUCGCCGACGCCGGUUAGGACGUCGUUAGAGAAGAAGAAGGUGGCACUGGCGGCGAAUGGCGAAAUUGUUAAUGUUGAGCGUGUCUAGAAUGUCUAUCUAGCUAUAUAAUUACUUAUUAACGAAAAUUGAUACCC